AUGCCUGUCGUCAAGGGUGGUGUGUGGACCAACAUUGAGGAUGAAGUUCUCAAAGCUGCCGUCUCCAAGUACGGUCUGAAUCAGUGGGCGCGUGUAUCCUCCCUGCUUGCACGGAAGACACCCAAGCAGUGCAAGGCAAGAUGGCAAGAAUGGCUGGACCCAAGCAUCAAGAAGGUCGAGUUUACCAAGGAGGAGGAUGAGAAGCUGCUCCACCUAGCAAAGUUGAUGCCCACGCAAUGGCGGACUAUCGCUCCUCUCGUCGGCCGAACCGCCAAUCAGUGCAUCGAACGGUACCAGAAACUCCUGGACGAGGCAGAGCAGAGGGAGGCUUCCGAGCUUAGCUUGACUGGAGGCGACGAGACGUCCGCACCGACGGCAGACGAUGUGAGAAAGCUUCGACCGGGCGAGGUGGACCCCGAUCCAGAGACGAAACCCGCACGACCGGAUACCAUCGACCUCGAUGAAGACGAGAAGGAGAUGCUCAGCGAGGCACGAGCUCGCUUGGCCAACACUCAGGGAAAAAAGGCGAAGCGCAAGGCCCGUGAGCGACAGCAAGAGGAGUCCAGACGUCUCGCUGCUCUUCAAAAGCGCCGCGAGCUGAAGACUGCUGGCAUCAACAUCAAGGUCACCACGCGGAAGAAGGGUCAGAUGGACUACAAUGCCGAUAUUCCCUUUGAGAAGAAAGCAGCGCCGGGAUUCUACGACACGAACGAGGAACAAUCGCUGAAUGAGAGACAGCGAGCAAACUUCGACCCCCGAAAACAACAGCUGGCACAGGCGAAAAGGAAGCAGGAUGAGGAGGACGAAGCAGGGCGCAAGAGGAGGAAGGCGGACAAAGAUGCUCCUUCGGCCUCAUACCGGGAGGCCCUCAAGGCCGGCCAAAUGCAGCGGCUCAGAGAAGCUGAGCAGAGUAGCAAGAGAAGAGCCCUCAACUUGCCAGCUCCUCAGGUCGGCGAAGGCGAGCUGGAGGACAUCGUGAAGAUGGGCAUGAUUGGCGAGCGUGCGAACACGAUGGCUGAUGGUGACAAUGACGCCACCAGAGGACUUGUCAACUCAUAUUCGGCCCUCAACACAGGAGCGCCGAUUCGAACGCCGAGGGCCCCCGCUCACGAGGACCACAUCGCCAACGAGAUCAAGAACAUCCGGGCGUUGACCGAGACACAGUCUUCUCUCCUUGGUGGCGAAAACACACCGCUGCACGAGGGUGCCGGUUCAACAGGCUUCGAGUCUGCCGCCCCAAGGAUGCAGAACAUUGUGACCCCCAAUCCUCUGGCGACGCCUCUCAGGCCAGGGGCAAAUGGCGUUGAUGCUACACCCCUACGUCCAGGGCAGACGCCGCUGCGGACACCACGUGAUAACUUUGCACUAAACAGUCAGGGUAACGAUAUGGUCUUGCGGCAUAGGCUCCAGCAAGGCCUGGCGUCUCUGCCCAAACCAAAACAACAAGCAUGGGAGCUUGAGCUACCAGAGGAGCAGCAAGAGGUGACGGUGGCCGAAAAUGGCCUGCCGGAGGAUGCCGCAGAACGUGACCGCAGGGAGCGGGAAAUCCGUGAAGCGCAGGAACUCCUUGAGAGGAAGAGGCGCACGCAGGUCAUGCAGAGAGGGCUCCCACGACCAGUCUCUGUCAAUUUGGCAGUACUCUCGCGGGCUGCUGACGAUAUUGAGGACCCCGCGGAAAAGGCCGUCGCACGCGAAGCAGCACUGCUCAUGGCUUACGACGCCGCCAAAUAUCCUCUUGCUGGUGCCACACGCGGCAGGGAGGCUCCCAGCCUGGUCCAGAUUGACGAUAGUGCAUUAGCGGAAGCGAGACGACAGAUUUUGAUGGACGUCAAGGACAAACCGAAGCCCGAGGAGGUAGAGGCUGCCUGGGCCAAAAGCAACAACUCCUCGCUUCUGUUGGGUCUCGGAUGCUACGAUGACACGGAACAGGAUGAGUUGGAGGCUCUGAAAGUGGCUGCUGAGGACAUCCAAGAAACCAUGAUUGCAUCCGCUGAGAAAGGAUCCAAGCUGGAGAAGAAGUUGAACCUGCACCUUGGUGGCUACAAGCACCGCGCUGAGACGCUGCGAAAGAAAAUCGGGGAGACAGCAACGGAGCUGGAGAAGGCUACCAAUGCACUUCACGCCUUCGAAAUCAUGGCGUCUUCAGAGGAGGUGGCGGUCAAGAACAGGCUAGCCGCUCUCCGAGAAGAGGUCAGCUUUGUGAGCAGGAGGGAGAGAGAAGCGCAGGAGGUUUACAGGCGGAACCAGGAAGAGCUGAGUGCUCUGGGGGCCGGCGGCGCAAAUGGAUACCAUUAA